AACCGGGGAGGUAUGUGGGGCGGCGGCGCGCAAUGCGUGCACGCUUCGCUUCCUCGCGGUGCCCAAGCGCGGCCUGCCCCGACUCUCAGUGGCUCUAUAGCCGAUCGCCGCCCGCCCAGGCCCACACCACCAUCACCGACUCUGAUAUCUCAGAUCGACUCAUCGGUGGCGUGUCUUUGGCUGCUUACUCCCCUGUCUGCCGGUACAGCAGUAGUUGCUGUACUCGUGGCAGUCACCACCAACAACUGGCUACACACAGAGGAGAACAUUCUGAAUACAUCUUUUAAUGGUACAGGAAGGCAUGAAUUAGUCGCAAAACACACAGUGUCGGGAUUAUGGAGGAUAUGUCAUACUGAUCCUGGAAAGACGGUGUAUAGGUGUUUGGAUAUACCAUAUUUUCCGCUGUCACAAUACGUUCCCGAUCCAUUGGAUUCGACUAAUGCCAUACCAUAUGUGGUAACAAGAUCUGCUGCUCCAUUGCUUCUUGCGGUCUUUACACAGGCUGUUGGUGCGUUGUGCUGCGUACUUGGACACUGUGUGAAAGGUCGAAGACUUUACACGUUUAUUUCUGGCGUGCUUUUUAUUAUUUCUGGUCUAAUUAUGCUGACUGGAAUCGUCAUGUACAUAUCGGUAUUUAAGUCUCAACUAGGUCAUAAGCUACGAUAUAUGACCUACUUCGAUACACCACGGAUGUCCUACAGUUAUGGCUACUCCUUUGGAUUGUAUAUAGGUGGAUUUGUGGCUGCUGAAUUAGCAGGUACAUCAGCUAUAUUCCUCUUUCUUCAGUGGUAUCAGAAAGACUGGAUAACAGAGAUAGCAGAAAAGGCCAAAGCCGACUGCCGGGCUUGGGAUAGGGAAUAUGCAUUUACAGAAUUCAGAGAAAGAGACACAACUCUAUUAGAAAGGCGAAUUAUGAAAAGAGACACCUAUCCACCGACAGGCUCAUCUGCAGCUACACCCCGUGAGCGUCGACGCUUUGCUUAUGAUGGUGAUGAUGUGCCGCAUUGUUCUAUUCACAAGAAUAGAAGAAUAAAUCUCAGUUCGGCAUCACUUAAGGACUUAUCGUCUUCCACGCUUUAUGGAUUCCCAGCCGCUCCACGCCCAACAGCUUGUGACAACUACUUCGAGGAAUUCAAAGAAGUACCACAGAGCGCAAACACUUUGAGUGGCUUAAGAAGUGCUUCUAUUUUUCAAUCACAAGCGUCAGUUGCUAGUGGAAGGUUCCUAGACUCUACUGCAGUGGAGCCCCCUCCAUCUCGAGAAGAAGAAUUGGUGACAUUUGGAGUUGCAAGGGUGACUGGUGAGGAGAAGCCUCCUCGACAUGACAGAGCUGUUGGAACUGAUCCUUACCGCAGAACAACGCCUGUCUGACUCUUGAGAAAGGGCGCCCUCCCUAAAAAGCAUAUCGAUAAGUGAACAGUGAUGGUUAUUCCGAUUCCAUUAUAAAUUCUAAAGCAGGAAUACUGGCCGUGAAGUGACUUUCGAAUUUAUAAACGUUAUAGGUGAUUUGCGUUAUGAAAAUUUAAUUGUUACAUUUCCUCUAAACACUGCCAUUUAGGUAUUUAGCGAUUUUAUUAAAAUAUUUAAUGUACAUAUUAAUAUUAUGAAUAUGGAUUAAUAAAAUAUUAUA